AUGGAAGACCAUCCACACGACCACGAGCACGACGAAGAGCAUGCCUUGGCCGAACAACCCAAGCCGCGCGAGCUACCUGCCGACCUGCCUCGCUCAUUAGAUGACCGCAAGGCCUUCUCUGGCUACGGCAAUGUCGAGACCGAGUACUACGAUGCCUGGCAAGGCCAGUCUCAGUUCCUCACCGCCCCCACCAUCGCCCAGUCGAACAACUUCAAUCUCUCACUAAACGAACCCGACGACUUUGAUCCUUCCGAACGCGACCUGGCUGAGCACGACUCCAGGCUGGCCCACAUGUUGGCAACCCAGGUCCGAAGCAACGAGGACGACAAUGAUAUCGAAAGCACAGAAGACAACCUCGUCAAUGACAAGAACCUCAGCGACCCUGAAAAGAGACAGAUGUUACAAGACUUCCUCUUCAUGGCUGCCAGCAAUGGUGACGUCGGUCGCAUCAAGCGCCUGGUCAGAGGAAGUCCCGCUGUAUACAUUGACGUGAAUGCCGUAGACUCUGAAGGCACUCCUCCCUUGGUCUACGCAAGUUGCUUCGGUCACAAAGAUGUCGUCAUGUCUUUGCUAGAUGCUGGCGCUGAGGUCGACAAGCAAGAUAGGAACCAAUGGAGCGCCCUCAUGUGGGCCAUGACCAAUCGACACAAGGACAUUGCCAAAAUUCUGUUAGACCACGGCGCUUCUACCGAGAUUCAAUCAUCCACUGGAAGGACUGCUCUCGAUUUCGUUGCUCCAAACAGCGACAUGUCAGAGUAUUUGAACGACAGUGGCUACACGAUUGGAAAUGCCGGUGUGACGGAUGAUUUCUACAACUCUGGUUUUUCUCAAGAUCGCUUCGAGGAGGAAAUGGCCGAGAAUGAGAUGAAGCGACGCAUGAUGAUGGAGAGCGCCAUGAAUCUCGAAGUCGACUUGGGAAACCUUGGUCUGGACGAGCAACCCGAAUCAGCGGACGAGUUUGAAGACCCACAAGAGUUUGUUUGGGACAGGUGCCUCAACGACCAAAUGUUUGUCUUCCAGGAGAACGAUUCGGAUCGCAUUCUCAACAUCGUUGUUAGCGAGAUGACUCCUCAGCGUUCGGCCUCUCAAAAGCCUAUACCCGCCAACAUCAUUUUCCUCGGAGCCAGAUAUGCACACUAUCACUCUAGCCAAGAACUGCUGGCUGAAUGGCUCAACGCAGCUCAAGACAAGAUCUACGCCGUAGUAGAGAAGCAUCAAUGGGACAUGACUAUGCUUGCUUUCUGGAUGUCCAACACAACCCUCUUGUUGUAUUACCUGAAGAAGGAUACUGGACUGUCCGAAGUCACCUCGACAUUUCAAGCCAAGAUGGCAGAACUGAUUCACGAAAUAUACGUGCUCAUCAUUCGCGAUGCUGAAAGACGCAUGGACAAAGUCUUGGACGAAGCCAUGCUAGAUCACGAGACCAUCCCUGGAUUCGAAGAUAUCGCUUUCCAGAACGAGUGGAAAUUCUUACGGUCAAAACCAAAGGUGAAAGCACCCGAGCCGCUGGAAAAACGCUACCGUCCUCCUUCGCCCAAGCGUCGCGCCCAGGUAUCUCCUAGGAACAUCACUUCUCUUCUAUCUUCGACGUUGUUUGUCCUCGACCUCUACGAUGUUCAUUCGGUCAUCACUACGCAAGUCAUGUCACAACUGCUAUAUUGGCUCAGUGCUGAGAUCUUCAAUCGCAUCAUGUCCAACAAGCGUUAUCUCGCACGAACGAAAGCAAUGCAGAUCCGCAUGAACAUCUCACAGCUUGAAGACUGGGCGCGAACCAAUAACAGAGCUCCUGAGCACUUUGAGAACGGAUCCUUGAAUGCUACGGGCGAAAACAUCAUCGAAUCUGCUCGCAAGCAUUUAGCGCCAGUAGUACAGCUCCUGCAAUGGCUACAGUGUUUCUCGUCACUAGGUCAAGACGACGAAGCUCUAGACACGACUCUACAACAACUGCCAGCAUUGACGACGAAACAACUACUCCACGCAGUAAAAUACUACCGCGACAAACCCUCCACCACACCAGCACCCCCAAUAAUCCUCCGCAAAGACGAAGACGACUCACCCGAAAACAACCUCGUGGACCCUGCCUUGCUGCUACCUUUCCACUUGCCUACAUCAACAGAUAUGCUGGUGACCUAUGGCGCGGGCUUUGGCGGCGUAAACAGAGAACGCGAACGUAGGUAUACGCCUACGGUCCCGCCGGAUUUCUUCCAAAAACUGGAUCCGAGUGGGGGUGGGAGGAAUUUGUACGAGGAUGCCAAGUGGAGUGAUGAAGAUGUUGAUUUGGGGUAG